AUGGGCUACAAACUCUACUAUUUCGAUAUCUACGGAAGAGCCGAAUCAAUCAGAUUCCUCCUCAAUCACGCUAAGGCUGAAUUCGAAGAUGUCAGAAUCAACGGUGAGCAAUUGGCUGAGUUAAAGGCUGAGGGUAAACUUGAGUUCGGUCAAGUCCCAAUGCUCGAACACGAUGGUAAACACCUCGUUCAAUCAUGGUCAAUCCUAAGAUACCUCGGUAAAGUCCACGGAUACUACCCAGAGACCUCAGAAGAGGCAUGGGCUGUUGACUCACUCGUUGAUGCUGUUGAAGAUCACCUCGCCAAGUACUUCAGAGCUGUUUUCGAAAAGGACGAAGAGAGAAAGAAGACUCUCAUUGCUGAAUACCUCGCAUGGCUCCCAGUUUGGGUUGCUGCCAUUCAAAAGAGAAUUGCUGCCAACUCAGAUCCACACUUCGCUGUUGGAAACAAGAGAACCAUUGCUGAUUUCGCCCUCGCAGUGAUCGCAUUCAAUUUCAUUAACAACGAAGCCAGCCCAUUACAUGCUGAAACUUCCCCAUUGACCAAGAAAGAAGACCACCCAGUCCUCACUACCUACCUGACCCAACUUCAUGAAGAGCUCAAGGAUUAUCUCACCUCAAGACCACAACCAAGACCAUACUGA